UCUACAGGGAUAAACUUUCAAACUUUUAGAGAGGAUGAGAGAUGAGAGGAUGAGAGAUGAAACGAACGCAAGGCGGUAUUUUGAGCUUAGAAUAUAAAAACCUCGAUUAUAAUAUAAAUAAUUUAUUUAAAAAACAUGCUUAAAUCAAAAAGAAGCAACGCUUGGUGUGUUCCAUCAUUCGACAGCGAGCCUGUAAACAAACCCCCAGUGAAGCGUACUUCUACAGUGGAAUUGGAUAGUACUCUGUCCGACAGGUCGUUUAGACAAAAUAAUUUCAAAAGGAGGAAACAUGAGACAAGCUUGUCAAAGCUACUUCAGGCCUGCGAGCCCCAGAAGCCCUCUGAAUUGGGGAUCAGCAGACAGAAACAGAAUGAGAUCUCCAACUGGCUUCAAGGCAGGGCGAUGAAGAAACAAUCCAUGUUGAUCCUCUCUGGUCCUUCGGGCUGUGGUAAAACUGCAGCCAUAAAAUUGCUCGCCAAGGAAAACGGUUUUGAUGUCAUAGAGUGGAUCACACCAAUGGAUCCAGCUGAAGAUGAAAAUAAACGUGUCAUACGACAAGGAGAUAGGUUUGAGGAUCAUCUGAUACGCGCGACGCGCUAUCGCACAGUACUGGGCAACUGUCACAAGCAAUUGCUUCUUGUGAAGGAUCUCCCGAAUGUCUAUCAGGAGAAUUGCAAGAGUUUCUACGAACUCGUGGAAAAAUAUUUCCAAUUAGGAAGAGAACCUGUGAUAUUUGUUUGCACAGAGACCAACAAUUCAAGACUGAUGCAGACUUUAUUUCCACCUGACAUAAUAAAGAAGUUUGGCAUUGAUCACAUCAAUGUAAACGCAGCUACUUUGCCCGCGAUGAAGAACGUAUUGAAUCGAGUGUCUAGUACAUUGAAUUCCAUCGCUGGUAACAUGCUUCAUGUCUCUUCGGGACACAUCAACGAGAUACUAUCAAAUAGCAUCGGCGAUUUGCGCAGCGCCGUUCUAAAUCUAAUUUUCAUUUCUCUCAAAGUGCCCGAGCGACACGCGAAGAAUGAGUGUGGGAUAAGGGAGGAGACUUUGGGUCUACUACAUGGUGUCGGAAGAGUCACGUUUCCAAAAAAGGAAUCAAAUGGCAAGUUCGUACACGAUCCCGAGGAAAUAGCGGCAUUCUUCCAAUCGCAGUCAGUAGUGUUCGUCCGAUUCCUCCAGGAGAAUUAUUUGAAUACCAUAGGAACUAUAGAGGACAUAGAUAUAGCGUCUGAUAUAUUGAGCCUAUCUGAUGUUCUGAAUUCUGAAUGGCGCGAUCAAAAUUUGAGUAAAGUUGCAUUAUCGUACUGUAUCCAUGGCCUGAUGCUGGCGAACAAAAAGCCUGUAGCUGGCUGGAAUCCGGUGAGAAAACCGCGGGACGAUUAUGGUAAAAUACGAAGAUGCUUGGUAACGGCAGAAAUGCACUGUUAUGAAAAUUUAAUUAAGAAAUCCACUUCAAAGGAGACAGAAGAGAUGUUGGAUGACAAUGAAGAAACAAUUAUUGAAGACGACUAGGUGUUGAGCUAUAUACGAGAUACUCCUUUCGCGAUUCUUCCUCCAUUUUAUAUGUCUAUUUAAAUUAUGCUAGAAAAUAAAAGUAAUUAAAAGCA